CACCCUGCUGACAACUUACUGGUAGAGGGCGCCCCUCAUCGCUACAAUCGUUGGAAAACAAUCGUUUUUCGCUGCGUGUCUAACAAUUUCGGCAACAUUUCUGCUUAAUUGGAAAAUUGUAUGUGCUCUUAAAGAGAGGUUUUUUUUUCAGACAACGAUGGCAAGGAAGGCGUGUAAACCACAAAAUGGUACACACAGCAGUGCAUCAAGAACUAGGACACAUCAGAAGCCUCAACCUCAACGGGGGAGAGUUGUGAAGAAGCGACAAACCACAACAAAGAAGAUAUCUACCAGGCUUGCUCCAGAGCAAAUAAAGAGGAUGAAACGAGAGGCCAGUCAACAUAUAAAGAUCAAGAUAACUAAAGACAGUUUUCUUGAUGAUGCUAAGCAGAAGAAAAAGAAGAAGAAGAAGUGUAAAGCGGUCCGCAGCGUGGACUACAAACGGGUUGGUCUUGACCAUCCAACCUCGUCCCCAGCCAUUGCCAAGAUGUCAGAAAAUGACAGGAUAAAGGGUGCAAUGAAUGACUUAACUUCUGGGAGGUUCCGAUUUGUCUCCAAGGCUGCUGCCUACUGGCAGGUGCAUGCUGCUAAGCUUUACCGUCGCCACAGUGGGGAAGUGCCGCUGGUUGCGAGACGGGGGCCCAAGAGUGCCUUGACUGAGCAGGAUGAAGAAGCUCUAGUUGACUGGGUCGUGACGAUGGGAAAGAAAGGUUUCCCUGUGGCACCUAGCAUGGUCUGUGAUGCAGUAAAGGUGUUUUUCAAGAAAGAGGGCAAUCCUUUCAUCAACGAUAGGCCAUCCCAUACAUGGUAUCACAAGUUUGUACGGCGACAUCCCAAGCUGCAAGAAGGUCUCAAGAUGUCUCGAAUGACGGCCAUUUGCAGGGCAGAAGAUACCAAAAUUAUGAUAGAUGAGUGGUUUAGAGAACUCAACCAGUAUCUUACAGACUUGGGAGUUGCGGACAAGCCUGCACAGAUCUGGUGCUUUGGCCAGACAGGGUUUGAGAUGAACAAGAGGACCCAGAGAAUGGUCUUGACAUUUUUCCGGCCGAGAGAGAGAGCGGCAACAUCUCCCAUUGACUUGGAUGAUUAUGACCAGAGGCGGGAGGUCGAUAUUUGUGUCUGCGCCAAUGCAGCGGGCAACCUGCUACCUCCAUUCAUCAUUUGUAAGGGUCUAAAGCAUGCACCUAAAGACAGCAGUUUCCUUGAGGAUGCUCCAAGAGGAUCUGGGAUGCUUCUACUUGAGGGAUACUCGGGGGCUGAGGACAGCUUCGGGUACUGGAUCAAGAACCAUUUGGUCCCUAACUUGGGGGAAGAGCGGCCAGUGGUUUUGUUAGUUGAAUUGAAUGAGAGCGAGAUCAGUUAUGGUGCCUAUACUGCAGCCUCAAGGCACGGCAUACACUUGUUCCGUGUCCCACCUCAAGCCUCAGCGCUCCUCCUGCCGCUCAAUAUCGGUGAUGAGGGGGCUUUCAAGUCUAGCUGGCUGAUGAAGUGGGUGAAGAGCAACAGGCAUGUCCCUGUGAACUUCAAGAAUGUGGGCGGUGUGAUCAGCGAGGCAUGGCUCUAUGCAGAGAAUCCUGAGGCCAUCCGGACAUGCUUCAUACAGUCAGGUGUGUAUCCGCUCGAUCGUGAGAUGGUCGAUGAUGAGCAUCUUCCCAGAGGAGAUUACCGCAUCCUUGAUGCGGUCAAUCAGCCAGAUGAUGAGGUAGCUGUAGAUGGUAGCGAUGGAGAUGAUGGUACGGAUGAGGAUGCUGACCAUACUGACUCGCUAACCCAAGAACUCUUCGAGGAACGCAUCCCCGAAAGCAAACAACCCAUCGCUGCGUUGCUGCUGUUCCAAAAGCUGGAUGACACCUUGGAAAAAUCCACGCAAGAGACGUACCGUACUUGUGUCGAGAGCGGCCUGGAUCUCCAAGAGGAUCCUCUCUUUGCCAUCUGGAAGAAGCUGUACACAGAAGCCUUCAGGAAUGACCCUAACGUUCCUCUUACAUCAGUGGAGGAAGUCGUCGUGAUCACGACCGAGAAGCAGGAAUCUAAGGAUUUUGUCUUCGUCAGAGGUCUGGGUCAAGAAGACAGUCAGCACACCGUCUGCCCUGUCUGCAAGGAGCAGUAUGGAGACGAUGAGGAGGAAUGGAUUGGCUGUGAUGGAGAUUGCCAGAUGUGGUAUCACGUUCACUGUCUACCCCCUGAGCUUGUCACACCAGCCAUGCUUGAAGAUAAGGAGAUGUUCUGCCCUCAAUGUAGUAAAUCAAGAAAGGCUCAAGAGGAAUUGGUUCAGCAGUGAGUGCCACCUACAUUCCUUUCAUCUGUGGACCAUUUCCAGCUACACACAGCAGGCCUGUCUCUCAUGGUUGUCAAGGCUACAGGUGCUUCUAUUUACAUCAAAAUGUGACAUUUCUACGCCUUUAUUACACAUCCAAGCAGACUCAGAGCUUCGUCUUGAUUUAUGUACCCCAUGUUUGGAGGAGUUGGGGAAGAGAGUUUUCUUAAAGUGAAUGAUAUUAGACAAUAGGCCAUCAGCCUCGGUCCAAAAUUUUGGCCACCGGUAUCAAAUGAGGGGAAUAAUCGUCAUAGCAAUUUUUGGCAAGGUAUACACCCCCAGGGUUGGAAAAUAUGUGAUAGCA